AUGGAAAAUCUAAACUCCUUGCCCAACUUGAGUACCCUUGAUUUAAAUAAUAAUAACAUACUACAAUUAGAAAACCUAAACUUUCUACCAAAUUUGAAUUCGCUCAAUUUGAGUAACAAUAAAAUUGUCAAUUUUGAAAAUUUAAACGCCCUAAGCAAUUUGAAAAAUUUAAAUCUAUUUAAUAACUCAAUUCAACUCAUCCAAUUCAACACUGAUCCGAAUUCAAUCUCAAAUAAUUUCCUCAGUUUGAAAUACCUAGAUUUAUCUAAAAAUAAAAUCAAAAAGAUUAUCAAUAUCAAUUUAUGUAAAAAUCUCAAAUCUUUAAAUCUAUACUCAAAUCAAUUAUCCGAUCUCAGCUCAAAUAUCAAAAAUUUAAACUCUUUAAAUUCCUUAUCUGUACUAAAUCUAUCCUAUAACAAGAUCAAAUCUCUAAAUCAUACAUUUUUAAAUGGUUUUAAUAACUUGAAACUGUUGAAUUUGAAAUCAAACUUAAUCACCAAAUUUGAAAUCAAAGCUUACAACAGUCUACUAAAACUACAGAAAUUAUGGUUAAAUUACAACCAACUCGAAUCAAUCGAUAUUUUCAACAACCAUUCCGAUCGUCGUUCAUCAUCAUUGAUCAAUUUGAAAACAUUAUACAUGAACAACAACUUGAUUGAAAGCCUUGAUUUCUUAAAUAAUUUCGAGUUCAAAUUACAAAAAAUUGAUCUCUCAUACAAUUUAAUCAAUCAAUUCAAAUUCAUAAAGCAUUGCGAAAGAUUAGAGGAAAUCUCUUUAAAUGUGAAUAAAAUUAAUACUAUUGAAAACUUAUUGAAAAAGGACCAAGACUACCCAAGCCUAAGAAAAUUGAACUUGAAAAGAAACAUGAUAUCCAGUAUCGCAGGAUUAGAACAUUUUAGAAAAUUAAGAUAUCUAGAUUUGUCUUCCAACAAAAUCAGUAAAUUGAACAUAAACAAGAUUAAACUAUAUGAACAUAGAAACCACAGUAGAAAUAGCUUUCUCUACAUAUAUCUAAUCGGAAACAAUCUUACGUUGGACAAUUUGAAUAAAGGGAAGGAUAGCAUUGAGAGCUGUUACAAUGGUGAUGUUGGAGAUGAUUCCAACUCGAUGUGCUUGAAGUUGUUGAUGCAAAACAGUUGUGAUUUGAAAAUGGUAGAAGAAAAGGAUGCAGAAGCACUAUAUACCCAUCAAGCUGCAAUUGUUGCGUAUUAA